AUAAAAUAAAAAAUUUAAUGGAGAACCAUGCUGAAGUAGGACGCCAGCUGGAGCCAUGGGGAGAACUCGCCGGAAAAGUGGUGCUGAUCACCGGAGCUUCGUCGGGAAUCGGUCGAGAAUUUUGCCUCGAUUUAUCAAAAGCUGGUUGUAGAAUCAUCGCCGCCGCUCGCCGUAUCGAUCGAUUGAAAUCUCUAUGCGACGAGAUCAACGGAAUCAGCUCGAAUUCCUCGAUCGAAUCGACAAUUUCAAGUCAGGAGCUUCGAGCCGUAGCGAUUGAGCUCGACGUUAGCGCGAACGGUGCUGCCAUUGAAGCCGCCGUGCAGAAAGCUUGGAACGCCUUUGGACGUAUCGAUGUUUUGGUAAAUAACGCUGGAAUUCGAGGCAGUGUGCACUCUCCACUGAAUUUGUCAGAGGAGGAAUGGGAGAAGAUCUACAAUACGAACCUAAGAGGGGCAUGGUUGGUGACCAAAUAUGUUUGUAUACAUAUGCGCGCUGCUAAUCAAGGAGGAUCUGUUAUUAAUAUCUCUUCUACCGCUGGUCUUAAUCGUGGGAAAUUACCAGGCAGUCUUGCUUAUGCUUCUUCAAAGGAUGCUCUGAACAGCAUAACAAAGGUGAUGGCCAUCGAAUUGGGACCAUACAAGAUCAGAGUGAACUCAAUAUCACCGGGAGUUUUCAAAUCUGAGAUAACAGAGCGCCUCAUACAAAAGGACUGGUUUAAAAAUGUUGCAUUGAAAACCAUUCCCUUGAGAACGCAUGGAACGUCAAAUCCUGCUUUGACUUCAGUAGUACGUUAUUUAAUCCACGAUUCCUCAGAAUAUGUUUCAGGCAACAUUUUCAUCGUAGAUGCUGGAGCUACUUUACCAGGUGUCCCAAUUUUCUCAUCCCUCUAGUCAUAGAGGAAACUAAAUUUGUUCAGUUUGUGUAUACGAUUUUAGUAUUUCAUGUUAGUUUGCUUAAGAUAUGUUGUGGCCUUGUUCCGCUAGACGUUACUCAGUCAUGUUAGAGGCUUCAUAGAUAAAUCGUAAUUUAUAGACAUGAUCCGGAGCAAGAGACAUGUUCUUGUUGAUAGGCUGCAAAUUGAGUUCAUAUUUUUUUCCUUUCAUUCCCUAUAACUCAAACUUGUGCAGAAUAUAUUUGAAGUUACAUUCA